AUGUCAGAUCAGGUAGAGGACCUUGUUAGUAUUGCCAGUAAACCAUCCUAUAGUGGAGUGACCAGUAAAGCAAGUAAUGCGAAUCACCAUCGAAGUGCUUUGCUUCCUACAAACUUGGUUGAGAGUCUCCACACAAUGACUAAAUCUACUAGGGAUAGCCAGAAUGCAGAUAAGCUUAAACGGAUAAGAGUGGCAGUCAGACCAGGUGACACUAACAUCCGCACCAGUCGUGAUAUCAGGAAAGAGUUCAACAAACACCACAAAGGCUUAGUCAUUAAACACUGUCGCCUAACAGCAUCUGGUUCUAUAACCUUUGAGUUUGAGGAUGAGACCACUGCCAAGUCAGUUUAUGAUAACUGGUCUACUGAAUUCUUUGGAGGAAAUAAGGGCAUGAAAAUUCCGGGAGCUGACAACACCACUGGAAUAGUCAAACACGUUUACGAUGACCUAUCUGAAGAUCAGAUGAAAGAUGAUAUCAUGAAUAAUUACUCAGAGGAUAUAGAGGGCUGCGAGUUCCUCAAGCGCAAAGGUGACAAUUCAUUCAUGGGACUGAUUAAAGUUGAAUUCAAAUCUAGAAACAGCCUGCUCAAAGUAAUGGAUGAAAAGAUAAAAUUCUGCAACCAGAGAUACAUUGUUGAGGAAUACAAACGAAAAUCAAGAGUAAUAAAGUGCAAUAAGUGUCAGGGCUGGGGCCAUGUUCACAGGUACUGCAACAAAUCUGCUAAGUGUGGGAAAUGUGCAGGAAAUCAUGAGAGUCUUUCAUGUGACAUAACCACAGGAUUCAAAUGUGCACACUGCAACAAAGAUCACAAAGCUGGCUCCUAUGAUUGUGAAGUAUACAAGAAUAAAUUGGCUCAAUUCUCAGUAGAUCGUCAAUAUGACUAG